UUCCAGUUGAGUGAACCUUACUAUCUCCAAUCAAGAUGGCGUCCUUCCGCCGACGUGGCCUUAGUUUGGAUCAACUCGAUACCAAAGAACCCUUGGUGUCCUCCUCGCGCUUUUCGCUAGGGUCACGGGAGUGUGUUGUUGAUACAUUGGAUGCAGCUAUACAGGUCGACCUGGCCGCAGACGUGAUUACGUAUGACUCCGACGACGAGGGUGACACACCGACGAGGAUGUCUGGGCGGCGACGCGGAGGAGGAGGAGGCGAGAUGGGCGGAGGCGUGGGCGUGGCGAGAAACAAACGGGGCACGCCCAUGUACUCGCGGGAGGACAUCCGCGAACAGUACUGCAUCAACGACAAGGAACUUCACGCCCUGGAGGCGUCCAGACGCAAACCGAUAUUUGGUUGCCUGACCUCAAGUAAUACUCAGCCGUCCCCGUGCAAGAAGAAGAGUUUGUUACCCGCGUGUUUACGUGGGCGCGUUCCCUCCGACGAAAAUGUUUAUAGCAAGAGCCAGUCAGCCCACACCUCCCCCGCCCACAGAAAGGGACAGGACGCCAUAGACUACGAGGACGACACCUACUUCAGGAGACGACCCAAGACGAUCUGUUACACCGACCCGAGGAGAUUGGCCUCUCUCGAUGACUCCCUCGCCAAGAGUGGCCGAGUACCCCGCCCUCGAUCGGACGCGGGCAACGCGUCCUACGAAAGUUACCUGAACGAAGACCCCACUGGGGGGGACCCCAGCCAACGCCCCACGCAACUUGCCAUUACCUCAGGGGAAUACCACUCCACGGAAAUUUACCAGGAUGACGCUGUUAAUAGGGAAGGUUACACCGUCAGGAGGACUGCAUUCACUCAGCCCAACACUCCUGACCUGGGCCAUACCACUCGCUUCCACCAAGUCACCACGCCCGAGGUCUUCCUGGACGACAGGCCGCAGAAGCACGUCAGCUUCCAGAAAGCCAUGAGCCGGUCUGCGACGGUGGGCGGCCUGGAGGAUCACGGUUCCAUGACUCGGGACGAUAGCGGGAGAGGCAGUGUCAAGUCCGGCGGAUCGAGGAGCCAGGAGAGGCUGCUGGACGGGAGAAGGACGCCUGAUUAUGUGGAGCAAAGGGCGCUUGACCAGCUCCUAGCCCCCGUCCUGACGAAGGCACUACUUCAGGAGCCAGGCCACAAGAGGGGAAGAAAACACCCAGUCGAGGGCAAAUCAGGGCCAGGAGGUCGACAGGUCGACUCUGAGGCAGGGUCACGGUCAGAGUCGAGGUCAAGGUCAAGGACUCCUUCCCUCAGAAGGAAAAAAGUGGAGAAGAGGACAGUAGCAAUUCAGACUGACGAACUGCCACAUGAACUUGAUACCCCUGAAAAGGAGGAUACCAUUGCUUCUAUGCCCUCACCUAGAGGCAAAAGCAAGAAAGACCUCCAACCACAAAGUCAGAGGAUACAACCUGAGAGUUCAGAUAAGAAAAAGGAAACGGAGGAAAGUGAAAAGAAAGCAAAGCGGCAGAAAAAGUCCAAGAAGAUCAUCCAAGAGGAGGUGCCAUCUCCAGAACCACUCUCCAGAAAAGGUAGUGUUCAUUUCAGUGAUGAAACUGCUAUUGAAAAUGUUCACAUCAUAGAAAAUAUUGAAAUUGAUACAAGACAAGCAAAAGGUUCAAAGAAAAAACAUGAAAAGUCAAAACAAAUACCAGAUAAUGUUCCCAGUCGCACAAAGCAAAGUAAACCUUAUGAGACUGCAGAAUCAACCCAUAAUCAAGAUAAAGAUAAUAAACAUGCUAGUCGAAGAUUGACUGACAAAGAAAUCCAGCUGGAUACAAAGCAUGAGCCAAGGCCUCCAGAUACUGCAAAGGUCUCCAUGGGUAUGCAGACAGAUUCUUUGGUUCCGUUUUUACCUAAUAAUUCCAUUUUUAUGACAGAGGACUUGGACACUAGCACAGACUGGCAUGGAGAAGAGAGUUCUAUUGAUUUACAAGCAAGUGCAGGUUCCCUUGCAUGGCACACAGAUGCCAGUUCAUUUGCUUGGCAUACUGAUGCCAGUUCCUACUGUAGGCAGACGGAUGCAAGUUCUUUGUCAUGUAGAGCUGAUAGCUCCUUUGCUCCAGAUUCUUGUGAAGAGAUGCCUGGAGAGUCUGAGGAAGAGGAAGAAGAAAACUUGAUGAAUAUGGACAUAGAUUUGAUCAGAGAGAAAAGGCUCAAGAAUGACCCUCUAAAUGAGACUAAUGAAAUUAUUUUUAGGGAAGGCGGAGAAGAAAACGUGCCAUUAGCAAGUGCUGAACAGCUACCAGAGGAGGAAUGUUAUACAAAAAAUUGUGAUACAUUAUCACAAGACCCAGAGAGCUGUGUCUCAAAAGAUAACGAAAAAGAAAGUGAACAAUCUGAACAUAAUGAUGUAGACACCAAUAUUAUGGUUAGACGUCUACGUUUUAGGCGUCAGCUGGCAGAAGAAUUUUUGCAGCAGAAUGCUCAGACAAAAAUUAGAGGUUCAUCUCCUAAUAUGAAAAGUGAAAAGGUAGAAAAUGAGGUAGCCAGUGAGAAGGGGAUGUCUAAUGUCACUAAGGCUUCAAUAGCCAAAGAACCAGUCGUUCUUCAUGGCCAAGGAAAGGCCACACUGUUUCCUGUUUCAACAUUCCCUAGAAAAGCAUACUUACCCAAAGGUUCCAGCAAAGAUGAUGGAGAUGUAGAGGAACCGAGCGAGGUGAAAACAGAGAUGCUACCUCUUGAGACAAGCCGUACUUGGCCAAAAAGUUUCAUUGAACAGGAAAGAUCUGAUGACAUUAACUUGAAAGGUUUUCAGGCCAUUUCAGAAGCCCAGACAGGUACAAAUAGGAAAAAGAAAGAAAAACCUGAUCAUAAAACAAGUUGGUUAGAAAUAAAUUUAGUUAAAAAAGAAGUUGAAAGAACAGAAACGCCUAAAUGCGUACAGAUUUCUAAUAGUCAGUUGAACAAGGAUAUUGAAAAUGAAGCUGUUCAUUUGAACACAGACAUACGUGUUAAGGGUCAGAAGCAGCAGGUUGACCUCUCUGAUGAAUACCCUAAAAGUGAUCAUGACUACAGAAGUAAUUCAGCAGGUAAUAUACCUCCAAAGAAAAGUUCCCCAAGAUCAGAAGGUUCUAAAUCUUUACAGAAGAAGAAAGAAAGUGCCUCAGAAAGAGUCUAUAAAAGGGUGAAAGAUGUAACUAAAUCUUCUUUACUGAGAACUAAAGAUGCUAUGCCUUCUAAACUUAAAGAUACUUUGCCUUCAGAGUCACCCAGAAUAUCAUCUUCAACAGACACAAGUUCUGCAGUGCCUUUGUCAGAUACUGUUGGUAAACGAGCAAAGAAGCCAAAGAAGACUACAACUUCUAGUCAGACUAAGGAUGGGGACUCAGCUGCUCAGGGUUUAGUUCCUGGUAGUGGAACUGUUCAUCUUAAUCAAGUGAUUGAAGAAGAAUCAGAGAUUAAGGAUGCUCCUUUACAAGACAGUGAAUUAGUUGUAGGAAAUGAUUCUUCAAAGGAAAAUGAAGUGUCAAAAUCUGCAACAUCUUCCUUAAGACGCAAGAGAAGUCUCAAUAGGAGAAAGUCUAAGUGCAUUCAGACAGAGUUUUCAUAUGAUGAACCACCUGAAGGUCAGACGGAAAAUAUAAAUGAUGAAGAUUUGACAGUAAAAUUCCCACCUAGUAAUUCAAAAGAAGUACCUCAAAAUGAAGCCAAACAAGAAAAACAUACUUUGGAGGUUUCCAGUGAACCCAAAUCGAGAAGUCUCAAAGACCAUUCUGUAGUGGAUUUAAAAGCAGAAACAGUCUCUAUUGUUACAAAUGCAAGUUCUAUUCGCCGUAUAAAGAAGGUGAGAAAGGCAACUAUGUCAACACAGACAGAGGAAGUUCAGGAGGGCUUGAUAAAUGAAUUUCUUCAACAAGAGCCUCAAAUGGACACAGUUUCAGUUAGGACUAGUUCUCUGCGCCGUAUUCGAAAGGCAGAGAAAAAAUCCGCUGAAAUCCAGACAGAUUUGGUUCUCCCUAUUUUUCUUGAUAAUUUGCAUUUGUCAGUUUUUGAUUUUAAUGAGUUUAGAGAGGCUGAAGGCUUACCAAUGUUAAGUGGACACUCUGACUCUCUUAUAUAUGUCAACAUUCCUGCAGCAUUUUUAGAAAUAGUAGAAUCUGGAAAUGAUGCUGAUAUUAGUGAUGCUGAUAGUGAUGAUGAGGGUAAGAGAAAUAAAAGUAAAAGGGAGAGAACAAAUAGCAAAGUAAUUAGUGAAAGCAAUGGAGAAAUAGAAGAUGAAAACAAAGAAGAGGGGGAGGACAAGGAGGAGGGAGAGGAGGAGGAGGAAGAAGAAGAAGAGGAAGAAGAGGAGGAGGAGGAAGAGGAAAAAAAAGCGGAAAAAAAACAAGCUAAAGACAAUGCAGUUGGUCAUUGUUCCUCUGAUACUGAAGAUGAUGAAUUAAGUAAGGACAUAAAUCAAGACAAAGAGGAUUCAGUUGCAAAGUGUCCCUCUGGGGAUGAUGAGGAUUAUAAUAAACUAAGGCAGGACGAGACUUCUGAAACCAAUUCCUCUGCUUAUAAUGAUGAAAGCGAUAAGUCACCUCAGGUUGAAGUAAACACAAAAACAGAAACCCAAGAUGAAGAAUCAUCAGUUAAGCAGCCUUUGUCUUACGAGGAUGCAGAACAACCCACCUUAUCCGAAGAUAAAUAUGAGAGUGAUCAUGCAGAUCAGUCAGUUGUGCCAACAGAGAGGAGUGAAAGUGAUACACAGGAAGAAACAUACACCAUAAAUGAUGAGAAUUUGAACCUUAAACCCAAUGAAGAAGAGGACACUAGUGAUGAGGAUGAGGAUUUUGACAUCUACAUUGUUGAUCAUCAGAAAAGGGAGAAUGAAGUAAAAGAACUUUGUCAAGGUGAAAUCAUUACUGGUAGAAAUUCUUUGAAUGCAGAAAUGAAAGAUACACAGUAUAAGGAAAAUGUUGAGAAUAUGCAGUCAGAAUGUGAAGAAGAGCAUGAAAAUGAAGCUGAAUUUGAAAGACCAGGGUCUGAAGCAAAUAUAAAAGAAAAUGAAAAGAAACCUGAAUUGGCCAUACUUAAAAAAGAUACUAAAGCAAGUGUGGAGACAAAACCCAAGAAGAGCAUUCUAGGAAAUACUGAAACUCCAAAUCAGGUAGCUGAAACUAAGUUGCAGGAAUCUGCAGACCUUGAGGGCAAAGAAAACACUGAACAUGACAGUGGAGUUUCAGAAGAGGAGGCAAAAGAAUCAAUAGAUGAGGAAACAUUGUCAAAAAGAUGGUAUUUUGGCGCUCAAGAUAAGACUUUUGAGAUGUUAGAUGGCGUUGAGGAAUCAAAGAGACAAGAUACAGUCAUUUAUUGUCCAUCUGUUAAUGUAGGAGUUUCUCAAACGUCAGCUGACAGUAACAGUAUGGAAGAUGAUGGAAUGACUGACACAGGAACCUUGGAAGAAGAAAAAGAACAAAAAAGUCAUGAAGAUGACAGGGUGUACCUGGCAAGGAAGCAGUUUAGAGAACUGAGAUAUCCAUAUGGCAAAGGCCACUUUUCAGAAGGAGAUACUCACCAAUCUCUAGUCUAUUUUGACAGUAUUGGAGAGACAUUCUCUGAAGGUACUCAUGAUGAUAUUGAGGCAGAAAAGGAAUUACGUCAUGAGGGAUAUUCAGACUCAGAGAUAGGACAUCAAGGUGAGCAAGAAAUUAAAGAUGAUGAAGAAAAGGGUUCAGUGAAUUUUGACAGUUUAGAGGAAUGUUCUGAGCAAUUGGCUUCAGCAACAGAAUCACAAAAGAAAGUAUCUCCUCCAGAAAUAAGAGUCCAUGAAGCCUCGUCUUGUGAAGGGGACCUUCCAGUUAGUCCAGAAGAAUUGAACGCUGUGGAUGACGAAAAAAAAGAGGAAGUUAUGUUGGAAUCGAUCAGAGAUUUGACAGAGUGCAAUGACAAUCUUGAUAAUGAGGCAAAUUCCCGAUUUGAUGAAGAAGAUUCUUGUGAUAUUCAAGACUUAAGCAUGACAACAAGGUCUGAGGAGGACUCUUGUAGGGGUGAAAGUCCAUGUAGUACCAAUCCUGAGUACUUUAGAGAUAUUAGCCCUGCUAGCAACAGGUAUCACCCAGGUGAUGCAGUGGCACUAGCUAUGGCUAAUGAGUAUGGAUGCCCGUUAAGUGAGGAAGAUGAUGAAGAGGUCAUUGUUUUCACAUACAAAAAAGUCAGACCAAGACAGAAGGAUGAAAGAUGGAAAAGUGAAAAUGGUUUGAUAAACCGUGAUGUUGGAAGCCCAAGUGAUGCCCAGGAUGUAAAUAAGGGAUCUAAAGAUGGUGGAGAACCUGUAGAAAGAGCAGGAAUAGAGGUAUUAUCUGAAGGGCCGGUUGUCAAACCAAAAAGGAGAAAACAAAAAAAGGAAAGACAAGAUGAUGAUGCAGAUAAGAUGGCGGUGGAAGAACUUCCCAAUAAAGAUAAAAACCAGAGUAGAGAUGAAAUAACUGGCAUAAACAAAGAAGAAAAACCUCAUUGGGAACUUGAUAAAGAACAGGAAGAUGAUUUACAAGUAGAACAGCAGUCUGCAGAGGAAGGAAUACCCUCACAAAGUGAGUCAACAAAUGAUGAGGUGAGGAAUGAAGUCGCUGAAAUAGGAGAAAAGAAAAAGAAAAAAAGACCAAGAAACAGAAAGAAAAAGAAUAAAGCUGAAGCUGACAAAGAGAAUCAAAAUAACGAUAUGCAAGAUGAAUGCUCUGAAAGCACUGAAGUUUCUGAAGUGAAUGAAGGAACAGAUAAAGUCGAAGCAAAUAGUAGUUUGAUUGAAGGGAAUAAAGUGGAGCAAAGUACAAGACAUAAACUUUGGGCAGAUGAAAUUGAGGAGAACUUAUCUGCUGAAUGGAGGUCCUAUGAAAGUGAUAAAAGGGUAUCACAGGACUCUGUUGAAAAGAAAAUAAAGCAGGUUGCUCCUGAGAGCAGUUUGACAGAGUUCCAAGUACUGAAAGGAGAAGAAAAGGACACUUCAUUUUUCGACGAAGAGGGUGAAGAUAUGUCAAGCCGAUGUGGUGGUGAUUCAGGUCGGUUUGAUGACAGCGAAGCUGGUGAGGGUGGUGGUGAGCAAAAUGCUUAUGAGGAAUAUUUGCUUAUAAAGGAAAGUGACUGCCAGGAAGAAAUGAGAGAAGUUGACAGAAUAUUCAGAGAUGUGUUCAAGGAUUAUGGUGAUGAGUUUUUGGCAGAAGAAGAUGAAGCCUGUCAGUUACAAAUGAAGGAUAAUAUUCCAGAAGAGGAUGAUUCACACAGUGAACCUGCUCAGAACCAUGAAAAAGACACUCGCGUUGAGUGCGUUGAUAGUGGCAAAGUGGACUCUCAUAAGGCAGUGCAUCAAAAUAAUCCAGUUUUUGAAGAAGGUGGUGUUCAGUCGGAAGCAGACGCCUUCAGUGUUUCCGAACCUCCUAUAAAAGUUCCACGUAGCAAUAAGUCGAAGAAGAAGAAGAAGAAGGCCGCCUCACCGGCUGCUGACAAUAUCGAAGAAAAACUGAAGCGGUCAUGCAUGAGGACGCAGGCCACGCAGACGGAGACGGGGCUGGUGAGGAAGUCAAUGCCUCACCUCGCCUUUAGUCCAAGGGCUGAAAAGGCUGAAAUGAUAUCUCAGGGGGCUCAGACCAAUGGUAAUGGACGAAGAAAGCUUGUCAAAAGCCUGUCAGAGGCAGCGCGAUACGAGGGCCUCCAGUACGAAAUCUAUGAUUUGGAUGAUUUGGCCGAACCUCCACAACCAAUGAGAGCCAUGUCGGAGGGCCCACCACCUUAUCCUCUUAGAUUUUCAGCUUAUGAAAUACCCUUAGAUGAGAGUCCUCCACUUCCUCCCUUGAAGUUUCGACAGAAUUAUCAUGAAGUAUUUGUUGACUCCUCACCUCAAAAGCCUCGUAGAGGCCUUUUACAUAAGACUUUGUCCGAAGGAGAAAUCUUAUCUGAAAGAAGGAAAGCACUGAGUUUAGCCUCUGGUUAUAUAGAGGUUGAUAUAAAUGGUUUUAGUGACAACGAAGAAGAGGUAAUAGAACCUCAGUGUGUUGAUGAAUGUUCAAGAGAUUUGUCUAGAAGUAGAAUAUUCAGCCCUGAUACAUUUUUGGAAGAAGAGGAGGAGUUUCAUGAGAAUAUGUUUCAUAAAGAUAUUCUGCCUCCUUCUUUAGCAAUAGAAAGAAAAAUGUCUCAAGUGUCUACAGAUUCAGAUUUGAAAACUUUUGAUCCAAAUGAGUUCCGAACUGAAGAACACCUGAAGAGUCAGCUUGUAGCCUUAUCUUUAGACUCCCUUGCUGACAAUGGUCCAUCUUUAGAGAGCAUGUCGGUUAUUGAAGGAUAUAGUGCAGCAGAAGAUAACUCUUCAUUGCAUUACUUGGGAACACCUAGUGAAGGUCCAGGCUUUGGCGAGUUUGGAGACCUACUAGAAGAAUCAAUGAGUGAAAGCCAAAUAACUGUUGUACAGAAGGCUUUUGCUGCUUCUUCACAGGUCAUUACAUCAGAUUCUGAAAAUGGCAGCUUCCACCUCACAGACCCAUCAUCUGCAGCAACUACACCCUCCACAAGACACAAAAGUCUUCCUACAGCUGGGAGCUUUGAUGAGGACCUUGAUGAUGAGCUGUUGCCACGAUUACGGGUAUCAAAUAUUGUUCAUAGUGCUACCACCCUUUCUUCCAUUGAGGAUGAACAAACAAGUGUUAGUGAAAAUGUUAUAUCUGAUGAAUCACAAGGAUGUCCUGUUUCUACUAGCACUACUUCUAGUGAAUUUGAUAAAGCAAUUGCAAGUUCAACUGAUGAUUUUAGCUCAAUAAGGAGUGGAGAUUCCAUGACCAUAAAAGAUGAAGCUUUAGAUGAAGAAGAGUUUGAAGGAGAUAUAAUAAUAGAAGAAAACAUAAUGGCUAGAUUAGUUCAAGAUAUGAAAGAGAGUGAGGUAGCAUCACAGUUAGCAAUCAAAACUUCCGAUUUCAGGGACGAUGCCAGAAAACUAGCAUCACCAGAGUCGGACUCGUCCAGUAGUCACUUUACGGAGCAGGAAACGUCCAGAAGUCCUGUGUCAGGCACCACUAAUACAAUGACGUCCAAAUCUGACCUAUCACGUACCGAUUCUCAUCAGACAGACCAGUCAGAAACCUCAGAGGAUUAUAUCACUGCCAAUGAAAACAGUAAUAAUGGCCUAGACACUCGCCGCAGUUAUUCUUUUGAAGAAAGGCAUGUUUCUUCUCCUCCAGGAAUGGAUGACAUUUAUGAAGAUGAAGCUUUAACACCAAAAAUUCUUAGCCCUGAAACAAGUGAAGUCCUUGCUGACCUUCAAGAGCAUAGUGACAUGACCGAAGGCCUCAGUGUCACCAGUGACUUUGAAACUGCACUUACAUCUCCUGAUGGAGACACUACCACUUCAGCAAGUUACUAUAUAGAUCACUCAAUAGGUGAAGAGUCUGAUAAAUUGUCUGAAACAAAGACUAAACCUGAAGUGCCACCAAAACCAGCAUUUUUACCCAAGCCGGAGGUGCCACCUAAACCAGAUAGAUUGUCACCAUCUAGAGAGAAGGCACUUAUGUCUCCAGACUUAAGAGAAGGAUUAUUACUUGAAGAACCAAUCCCUCCGCCACUUCCUGAAUUCCAAGAUGAUGUUCCUAUUAUAACAAAAGAAAAACUUGGCGAGGAAAGUAGAACAGGAGCUAUUAAAAAACGUUAUUCCGGAGGAAAAAUUCCAAAAGAUGAUGCAAAAAGGUAUUCAAAGUAUUACGAAGAUGAUGAAUUAAGUGAAUUGUCAGAAGCUCGGGGAGAUAAAUCUUGGUCUGAAGAAGAGAGAGAAAAGGCUAAACAAACACUGAAGUUAGAUUUCCCACCUGGUGUUACAAUGUUUGGAGAAGCUCCAGCAUGGCCUGAACCAGAAAAUCUAAAAACUGGUGAUGUUGAAAAGAAACUUAAAUUAUUUGAAAAGCCUAAAAAGUCAGUGAAGAUUGACCUAGCAAGUGUUGAAGAUAUUGUAGCAUCCCGUAGCAAGAGUGAGAGUCCACCAUCUAAAGAGAAGGCCCCCCAUACUGGAGAAAGUCAGCCACCACCCACCAAACGAGAAAAAGCUAAACGAAAGUCAGAAGAAGUAACAACUCCUGGUAUGGUAAGGAGUCCAGCCAUGCAUGAAGGAUUUAGACUGGAAGACUGGACUCCUGUUAGAACACCAGGAACUCCUGACAGGGCAAUAGAUGUUGACACAUCAGAUGAUUCCUUCUCAGAUGGGCCUAGGGUUCCCCCCAAAGCCCGCAGUCCAGGUAAGCGCUCUAAGGAGAGUCCUGGAAUGAAAGCUGAAAGCCCUGUACAUCACAUUGAAAGUCCAGGGAAACAAUUAAGUCCAAGGCAGAGUCCAAGGCAGAGCCCAGGUAAAGGAACAGAUGACCAGAGAUAUGCUGAAAGACGAAAAGAAAGUCCAGGAAAGCAAACAAGGCAUAGUCCUGUGAAAUCUGAGAUUAAACAAAUGAGUCCAGAACGGGAUUCUAUAACAAGUAGGUUAGAGAGGUCAAUGGCUCAUACAGUGGAAGUCCAUCAGCGCCAGAGCCCAUCUAGGUUAGGAAAGCAAGGUGAUUCUAGAAAAAGAUUAAGCGAGUCUUCCAUAAGUUCAGCAGUAGAAUCUUCAGAAAUUAUCAAGCGCCAUUCUGCAGAAAUACUCGGUCGAGGACCAGAAAGCCAAGACCUUCUCCGACCUUCUGGUCCUGUCACAGGAUAUCUUAGGCAAGAAAGCCAAAGUCCAACAUCUAGGGAAAGACCUUUGCAACUACCUGGAAGCAAACUCUUGACCAUUGCUCAACCUAAAGACUCCAGAAGUGCAGAAUCUCUCCGGUCUUUGAGCCCGGGAUCAGAUAACGUGUUCUUGGGCGGAAGCAGAGAACAGUUAGAUGAUGAUGUCAGACCCGCUCUUUGUGUCCAGUGUGGAGAAAGACCGGCUUCCAGAGAAGGCCUUCUGAGACCAACAAUAACAAGCUCUGGCGUUACAAUUGAAAGGAGGUUGUCUGAUCGGGAACCACCAAGAACAAGGAUUGUUAACCAUCGUGCGAAGUCAGAAGAGAGAAGCACCUUCGGCAAAGACUGGGGAAUAAGUCCUGUCAGUUUAGAGUUUGGCGACACUCCUCGUCAUGAUAGUGAUGAUGAUGAAAAGGGCAUCUACAAAGACGCUUACAAUAAUUGCCCUUGGUUAUAUGUCGCUCCGCAUGAUGAAGCAAAGGUGUGGCGUCGCGACGAAGGAUCCCCAGUGGCAGUGCCUCUCGACCUCAGGAUCUCAGGGUUUGAGGACGAGGACGAGAAAAGGGCUGUGAAGGCUCAAGAAGAAGAAGAGGAAACAAUCAAGGAAAAUGGGAAGACUGAGGAGAAGGAUGAAGAAACGAUGGGCAGACGCGAAUCCCUGGAGUCGACGUGUAGCGAGAAGGACUUCCGACGAAGGUACCAAGCCAUCACACACCGCAUGGUCCACCGGAAGGCGUCCGUCGAAAUGUACCGGCGCCUGAUCCAAGGAACCUUCCAAUCCGACAAGACCGUGACGGUGAGUCGGGAGUCGGGCGAGUUUGGCUUCAGAAUCCACGGUUCCCGACCUGUGGUCGUGUCGGCGAUAGAACCCGACACUCCGGCCGAAACGUCGGGCCUGGAAGUCGGUGACAUCAUCAUCAACAUCAACGGCGCCAAUGUCCUGGAUGCCUCUCACUCCGACGUCGUCAGAUUGGCGCACGCAGGCUGUGACACACUGCGACUAGAAGUAGCCAGAACCUGUGAUGUACUGACGCCACUGGUAACCCAAGACCCGACGCCUCUAUGCGCUGGAUACCUGUACAAACUUGGAGGUGCCCAUCACACACCUGGUUCCUCAACCAUUUCCAGAACGUGGCACAGACGAUGGUUUGCUCUCAAAAGGGAUCACUGCUUGUACUACUACAAGUCAGAAAUGGAACAGCAUCCACUUGGAGCAGUCCACCUACUAGACUACAGUGUUCAUGCCUUGGCGGAUGGAGGCAAACCAUAUUCCUUCACAGUUGCUAAGUUUGGUGGUAUGACAUUACACCUCGCAGCACACACUGAAGAUGCUAGAAACCGAUGGGGUCAGGUCAUAACAGAAGCAGCAGCCAGGGCAGCACAGAGAGAUGAACUAAUGGAGACAUCAGCGAAAAGAGUUCAGCAGGCUCCUGCCUCCAUAGUAGCACCAGACUGUUUUGGGUUCCUUCAUAAACUAGGUGCUAGAUGGCACCAGUGGAAGAGGAGAUACUGUGUACUGAAAGAUGCAUGUCUAUACCUCUAUCACGACACUGAUGCAACACAAGCCAUAGGUGUGGUUCACCUCCAUGGGUACAGGGUCCAGAGCACUAGCAUUGGUGGGAAGAAACACGCCUUUGAACUCCUGCCUCCAGAGCCCAAGUUUAGACACUUUUACUUUUACACAGAGUCUGAUAGUGACAAAAAGAGAUGGUUGGCAGCCUUAGAAUACUCCAUAGACAGAUGGAUCAAAGUUGGCUGACUUUAGGUUGUCUUAUUAGAGCAAAGAUGUAAAUUAUGAAAACUUCCUAGCAACUUUUGUGGACCGAGAUGUGGUUUGACCGAAGCAGGUGGAGCCUUUAAUACAUAAUGUAUUUGGCAUGUUUAUAUUUUCUCCAAGCAGAUUGUUAUGCAGUUUUUCAAAAAAUCUGCUGCUUAUUUCUCAAAUCUAGGGUCUAUUAAAAAAAUUUUCAACUGAUAUACUAUAUAUUACAAGCAAAGUCAUUUCAUGUUCACAAGCCAUUUGUUUUAUUAUUAAAUCGCCAAUUUUCAAAAGUGUAACCUUUAUUGGCUUAAAUUUGAGAAGGUAAAACAUUUCCAGGCUCUGCCUUUCAUCAUGUCACAUCAUUAAGCAAUACCAGAGAUAGUCUUAGACCAGAUUAGAAACUUGGUGUAUUUUUCUUAAGAGAGAGAUAAUAUAAUGAACUUGUUGUUUAAGUUUGGUACAACAUGUUUUUUAGUUUUUAGAAAAACUGCCAUAGGUUUAUAAAUACAGUGUAAGAGGGUUGUUUGCAGCGAGCAGAAUUUUUUUAAACGUUGACAAAAAAUGUGUGGGCAUCGAAUCAUAAAUGAUGCAAGUGUUGUUCUGGUAAUCUCGGGGCUCAUUUGUGGAUUAUGUUAUUUGAAGAUGCUCAUUCAGCAAAAACCUCAUUACUCAAGUUUUAACAGAUUCAUAAAGCUUUGCUCCUUGGAGCAUGUUUAAAAAAUGAUAAAAGGCAAUCAGAGAAAUCUUAAUGCAUUUAGUGUCUUUCAAGCACAUUUUAGAGUAGCUUCAGAUGUUUUAACACUUUACAAAUUCUUAGUCAGUUUUAGUCAUUGCUCAUAAUGUAAACAUUCAUUUGAUAUCAGAGGGAAGUGAAAGAGUUGCAAACAUUCAUUCAUCAAUAUAAUACAUUCAUGAAUGAUUUAAAAAGAUUAGGGAUGGAAAAAGUGAACCAUGGAACCAUGACAGACCCACAGGAACAGACUACUUCUAUACCUGUGAUGUGACUGUGACAAUAGCAACCAAAUACAAGCUGGCCCUCUCUUAGGUCCAUCAUCAACAGUGUCAAAAUAACAGAAGCAGAAAAAAAUCUCAGAAAUAUAGAUGUACAUUUAUAUAUGCCAUAUUUUUCUAAAAAUGCAAAUGAAAAAAUACUGUAGCUAUUAAUUUCUAUGCUGAAAUUACAGUACAAUGAUACUUUUCCUGAAUCUGCGAGUUCACUUGAUAAUAAUUCAUUGUAAGAAACAACAUAAAAUCUUUUGGCCUUGCUAUACAGCUGAGCUGUCAUAACCCUGAAAUUAAUGUAAACUUUACACUGAAAAGUAAUUUUCAAUUCUGAUGCUUCCUUUGAUUACAAAUGCUUUUGAAUAUAUUGUCUACCUGUCAUUACCUUGCAGUUUGAUAAAUGCUGAAACGAUAAUCCUAUUUUUUAAUCAUCUAUUACACAUUCUGGAAAUGUGUACGCCUUGAAUUUUCCACGCACAAAACACAAAAAGCAUAACACUAACCUCCGAAGGAGAAUGAAGGUGAUUAAUUCAGUUUGAUGCAGUUGGGCACUCGAGUGUCAUUACUAAUGCUCUUUGCUUGCAGCUGGAAAAGACAACAAUAUUACAUUAAGUUCUUUGUAAUGUGUGUCAUUAUUGCAUUCUGCUCAUAUCUUUGAUACUAAUCCUCAUCCUUUAUAUUAUAUUUUCAACUCGUCUAGCUCUGCAGAAAUUGAUAUUUUACUACAGUGCAUUUGCUCUUCUAAUGAUAAGUCCCUGUUGAUCAUGUUUCAGUAGCUCUUGAAUCUGCAGCAUAAUCGAGAUGAAUAUAGGAGAAAGAAACAAAUCAUGUGAUGCUGUUACACAGAAAGUCCUUUGAAGUUUGGAAUACAUGUAGUUCCUUAUUGAAAAGUCCAUCAGGAGUGAGUAGUCACAGGCCAAAGUUGGUUGCUGUAUAAGUUGAAAAUCAUAUGAAAUUUUAUUCCCUGAGUCAUACCUCAUGUAAAUGUUAUCUUGAGAGAAAGGGAGUGUGUGUGUGUGCGCGUUACCAGGAAUCUUUUAUUAAAUAAAAAAAAAGAGAGACAGGAAUGAACAGAUUAUAUAUAUAUUUUUAUGCAUACAUUGUAAGCAAGAUCCAAAUCAUCUUGACCAUUUUCUUUUCCUGUUCUGCCAGUGUGUCUCAUUAUUUAAUUUGGAAAAUUAAUGUUCAUACACAUCCAUACUAUAAUGGUUUUAUUAUGCUGUGUUUAUGGCUCUGUUUUCAUUCAGUCCUUAUUCAAGCCUGACCCUGCUCUUAUUAUUUGAGGCACAGUCACUGAACAUGCAAAUCAAGUACCUUUAUCCAUAUUUUGCCAAACAAAAUUUUAAGUGUACUGUAUGUAAAUUUGUAAAGGAAAGUUUUAAUAUUUUUAUCAUAAAUUAUCUGAAUUUAUUUGGUAAUGUCAUUCUCUUUUGAGUGUUGUAUAGAAUGCCUGAAUGAUUUAAGAUUUUAAUUUCUGUGGAAAUGUGAAUGUACUGUACAUAAUAAAAGUGUGUUUUUUAGUAAGGGAAAUACUUGCUGAUUACUGAAAGUUGUUGGUCUUGUUUGGAAAAAAAAAAAAAGAUGUAGUCGACUUGGCUAAAUAACUUCUGUGAAGAAACACUCAAUCUUAAGAAAUAUUAUGAAUUUUAUUUUUGCACUGAAAAUCUUUGGUAUUUCUUUCCUGGAAAACAGAUAUUGAAGUCAAUUCAUACUGCCCUUUCCUAAAGGUUAUAUUAUUUCCAUAUCAUCCGAUUUGUCAUGCUCACUGAAUACCGUAGUUAACAGAACCACAUCCCUUACAAUGCCGUCUGCAGGUCUCGUCGAAGAUGAUUAAGAGCACAGAUAAAGGGAAUGACAUUCUGAAUAAUCUUUACCAUAGAAAUGUCUCAAGAGUUUAGUUGCUUUUAUGUUUGUUAAUUGUACAGAAACAGCACCAUUUACUUCAGAAUUUUUGUAUAUGAACACAUUUUUAUUAUUUCCUAACCAGUUGUGAGAACAGAGAGAGGAUACAUAUCUUUAACAUCCAUUGCCCCAUAAGAAGUUUUUAUGCUACAAUGAAAUCAAAGAAUGUACAAGUUUUAAAUUUUGCACUUUACAUGUCAGGAUCUCUUUGAACUUCAUCAUGCUUUGUGCUUUAUUCACCGCGGCAGAGAAUAUUAGAAAGAGUCAAAUUACUUUCAUGUUAUUUUACAGAUUUAACAAUAUUUAGAUACAGAGUAAAUGGCUAGGAGGUUCUUGCACUUUACAAGUCGACUUUGAGAUUUUAACUGUUAUUACUACAGUAAAGUAACUGAGGCAUAUUGGACGAAACUGGUCAUACGCUGACAAAAUUAAAGCUUACUAUACCGAGACACAAGCGAUGAGAAUUCAAUUUGCGUGCUGUAUUACAAGUAAAUUAAAAUACUGUACUUAACCAUUGCUCUUUAGUUACCACUAAAGAGCAGUUGAAAAGUUAUUAACUCGCAUAUUUCGUCCAGCAUGUAUAAUAAUCUAAAAAAAAAUCUAUAUUUUAACCUUUUGCCUCUUCUUAAAGACUUUUUCACACAAUUAUUGUACCUAAUACUUUGGCAAAUUAAUCUCUACAAGAUUGAAUUAUGUAUGAUUGGCUAAUGCUUAAAUAAUGAAAAAAUAUAUGAAACCCAUUAUCAAGAAAUAGAGUGUUACUGGGUACUGGCAGAUAUGUAUACAGUAAUUUGUUAUUUUUUAUUAUGAAUCGUACUACGCAAGGAGAAAGCCUUACAGCUCACCCAUCCAGUUCACUGCUAUUACUGCUACCACAGAUGUUUCUAUUUUCUAGUCAAAUUUUCAAAUGUGCAAUUUUUAAAGAGAAAUUUGUGCCAAAUCUUGCUUAGGAGGGUGUUGUAUUGUGCAUCUGAUGAGGGAUGUCCAUUUGAAACACAGUUGCGCCACGUCACGAUAAAUCACCACUGCACGAUUCUAAGGGGCUUAAUUUUUCUUUAAACCUUUGUACAUACCUUUUUACAUAUUUGCAUUUGCCCCUUGUAUCAUUGCUUAUUUUGUAAAGUUAUUUUGGAGAACAUUUUAAGGUGUUCAAAUUUCAUAUAAAUUAACUGUGUUUUGAAUGUAUGUCUAUUCAUAGAUGGCAUCUUGCACACUGCCUUUGUUAGUGAUAAAGAAGUCAAAUAUAAAUUUUUUUUCCUUUGUGGCUCUGAGGCAUCCAGUAUCCUGGUAAUAACUGUUCAUAAAGUACCUGGGAUAUUGGGGCAUCAGUCACAGAGAAAUUAUAUUUGUCAUUUGUCUUUUUACUCAUUUGAGACUCAUGAAUGGCCGAGUAAUUGUAUAAAUGUUCUGUGUGAUGUUUUCUAUCAUGAUGACUGUAAUAUAGCUUAGAUAAGAGAAAAAUGAUGUUUGUUUGAGCCAAUAAAAUGUGGACCAGA